AUGAGCACCUACAGAACACAACAUAUUUGUGUUGCGUCUAGCGCUGUUGCACAAAAGUUUUUUAAAACAAGAUCCGGAAAUUGGAUAGUCGAUCAGGGUUUACAAGUAAGUUUUCAUAGGUCAGCACGGGCUUUUUCAGUUAGUCCCAUAAAUAAUCGCGAGGUUAAAGUUAAGAGACAAAAGAUAAAAUCCUCUCAAGCCCAAAAUACAAAAGGGCCUCACCCGCUUGCUAUUUUAGCAGUGUUAUCUGUUGGAGUUUCAGCAUACGUUACUUUAGUUAAAAGUAGAGGUGGACCUGGAUCAGGAAAGGGUACUCAAUGCGCGAAAAUUGUUCAAGAUUUUGGUUUCGUUCAUUUGUCUGCCGGAGAUUUGUUACGCAAAGAACAAGAAAGACCAAAUUCACCUGAUGGGGAAUUGAUCAUUAAAUAUAUUAAGGAGGGUAAAAUCGUUCCCAUGGAAAUUACUAUUGGACUGCUCGAAAAAGCCUUGAUUGAAAGUGAUUCCAAUCGAUUUUUAAUUGAUGGAUUUCCAAGACAAUUAGAUCAAGCUUUUGCUUUUGAAAAAGAUGUCAUUGAAGCCACUUGCAUCCUCUUCUUUGAUUGUCCUGAAGAAGUAAUGCUUCAACGUCUUUUGAAACGUGGUGAAACAAGUGGACGUUCUGACGAUAAUCGUGAAACAAUUAUGAAACGAUUCAAGACUUUUAUUGAAACUAGUUAUCCUGUUGUCGAGCAUUACAGGAAGUUUGGAAAAGUGCAUACGAUACCUUGUACGGAAGGCGUAGAUGAAGUUUAUGCCAAAGUCAAACCAAUAAUUAGUGAAGUACUCAAAGAAAAAUGA